AUGCAACCAACCCCCAAACCCACUGCCCAAGAAAACAACUUCCCAAAUUACCCUUCUUCUUCCCAAUUAAAACUCAAUCCAUUUCCUCCCCUCCCCUCCUCCUCCCUCCUCAUUCGCACCCUCCUCCUCCACGACACCCUCCUCGGCUCAGUCCGCCUCCUCCCCUCCCCUCCCCUCCCCUCCUCCGUCGCUGAGGUGGCGAUCCACGAAGCCCUGCUUACUUCCGGGUUCAGGACGACGAGCCCAGACGAAGCUGAUUUCUUCUUUGUUCCCGUUUACGUCUCCUGCAACUUCUCUACCGUUAACGGGUUCCCUUCUUUGGCCCACGCUCGCCCUUUAAUCGCCUCUUCGAUUGCUGAAAUCAAAACCAAGUAUCCGUUUUGGAACCGGACCAACGGCCGAGACCACAUGUUUGUGGCCUCCCAUGAUUACGGCGCUUGCUUUCAUGCAAUGGAGGACGUGGCUAUCGCCGACGGAAUUCCUGAGUUUUUGCGGCGAUCGAUUCUGCUGCAGACGUUCGGGGUGACCUCGCCGCACGUGUGCCAGGAAGCGGAGCACGUGCUGAUACCGCCGUACAUACCGCCGGGGAUUCUCCGAUCUCCGCCUCCGGAGACGGCGAGGAGGGACAUUUUCGUCUUUUUCCGGGGGAAGAUGGAGGUUCAUCCCAAAAACAUCAGCGGACGUUUCUGCAGCAAGUAAUUAAAGAGUCGAUCCUUAAUUAAUGAACUAGUCCAUGUAAAUUUUCAUAAAAGCCCUUCCUAAUUUAAGCAGGGCUUCGUGGC